AUGAAAAGAUCUCACGAAACGCUCCAAGAGAAGAUUUUUAUUAAGAAACAAAAGAAGCAAGUUUCAAAUCCAAUCGAUGAGGAAGAUGGUAUUUCCAAUUGUAUGGUUCGUAUCCCAGUCUCCCUAUACGUCUCAUUGGCUCCAAUGUAUAUGAACAAUCCCUUACAAGGUAUAAUGAAACAACAUUUGAAUCCAAUGGUUAUGAAAUAUAAUAGUACAGUAGGAGGAGUGGUCUUAGGUUAUGAAAAUUUGAAGAUUUGUGACAUGGAUCCAACAAAUGAUGAAACCUCCGAUGAAAAAUUGAUUAAAUUGACACCUGAUACUCCAUUUGGUUUUACAUGGUGUGAAGUCGACUUAUAUGCAUGGCAACCACAUGUCGGCGAUAUAAUGGAAGGAUACAUUUUCAUUCAAUCAGCUUCUCAUAUUGGGUUAUUACUACAUGAUGCCUUCAAUGCUAGUAUCAAGAAGAAUAACAUUCCAGAAGAUUGGACUUUUAUUUCAAAUGAUGAGGAAUAUAUAGCUGAAACAAGCCGAACAGACGAUGGCGAUAAGAAUGAAAAUAAUAAUGGUAAUGAAGGAAAUAACAACAAUGGUAUCCAAGGUAAUUCUUAUGUCAACCGUUCAUUAGGUUAUUGGGUGGAUGCUAAUGGGUCCCGUAUAGAUGGUAAAUUGAAAUUUACAGUGAGGAAUGUGCAUACUACAGGUAGAGUUGUGUCUGUAGAAGGUACAUUAUAUACCUAUGAUGGUGGUGCCACAAACCAAAAUACUCGUUCACAAGUAGAAAACUUACCUGUUGUAUCAAAUAAAAAGAUUGUAUUUGAUGAAGAAGUUGAAGAAGAAAACAAAGUCAGUCACAAAGAAUUGGACUUAUCUGCUGUGAGGGAAGAUGAUGGAUCAAAAAUUGUUUAUGAUCAAAACUCAAGUGACAGUAGUGAUGAUGAUUCAGAUGAUAGUGAUUAA